CUUAAUUAUAUUGACCAUUAAAACCGGUAACUGAUACCCAAAAAUGGGCCGCACCAUGAGAAAACCAAUAUAGUGCAAUUGCGACCUGCAUGGAUUCAGAAUAGCCUGCGCAUCCGAACAGUCUGGUCGGAAACCAUGUUGUUCGCUUUCAAAGCCUAUUGUAAUUAGAGAAACGCGGAUGAACAGACUGGUCUGGAUUCAUGCUGGUCGCAAACGCACUAUGUUGGUUUUCUGAUGGCGCAGCUCAAUGUUUGCUAUCCUGUAACUGAUUAGAGUGGAUAUCGUGGCAGCAGCAUGUGGCCUGUCUUACAACAUGUGUGCAAGGAUAUGAAUCCGAGACUGUUGGGUGCUGUACGACAGGUGACAAUAGAUUGUGUUUUGGCCUUCCAUGGAAAGUUCUCAACAACUCCAUCGGCAGUUGCUCGGGAUUUUGUGACCGGGCGGGUCAAAUCUAUUGCAAAUUUGCACCAUCAGCAGUUUGUGGAUCGGAUGGCAAAAUGUACGAAAAUAGCUGCGAGUUUGCAAAGGCACGUUGUGUGAACAAAUUAUUGAUACAAAAAGACAUCAAAUUUUGCAACAAUCAUAGGGUGACCUCGUCAUCUUCACAGAGAUUAACUGGAUACACCUCACCUUUAUCAAUGACAAAAGUGUCCACAACAUUGAUGUUAUCAUCAACAAUAGCCACGAAAUCAGUUCUAAGUACACUGGCGCUGGCUAGUACGAUGCAUGCUGAUUCAACAACGAAGUCAACCGUAUCUUCUAUUGCACAAACGAAAUCAACCGUUUCUUCUAACGCAUUGACUAAGUCGUCAGUAUCUUCUAACGCACCAACUACGCCAAUCAUGUCAUCUUACGUUACGAAUUUGGCCGUUAUUACUAACGCAACAACUUCUCCCGUAUAUACUAACGCAACUUCAGCUACACCAACUAACGCAAUAACUUCAACCGCACAAACAACAAACGCACUAACUCCUCCUUCUUAUUGUCAAAACAAGCAUUCCAUUUCUUGUGGAUUUACGUUUAAAAUUGUUUGUGGAUCGGACGGCAAAAUUUACGCAAACUUGUGUAUGCUUGCGUUAGGCCGCUGCGAUAAUCCAUAUCUUACACAGAAAGACUGUUAGUGUAUAUACUUUGGAUUGUAAAAUAAAUAUGUAUGGCGCUUGUUUGGAGUUGAAUUAAAAUCACCAGA